AUGGCCAACCCACUAAAAAGUGAAGUGAUCCGGCUUUACAAAAACCUGCUGUAUCUCGGUCGGGACUACCCGGAAGGAUCUGCCUUUUUCCGACAGCGCCUCAAGUCAGCCUUCAUGAAAAAUAAAGACGUGACUGACCCCGAACAAAUCAAAAAGCUGGUGGGACGUGGAGAGUUUGUCAUCAAGGAGCUGGAGGCCCUCUACUUCCUCAAGAAAUACAGAGCCAUGAAGAAGCGCUAUUAUGAUCCGGAAACAUAA